UUCUUUAUGCAGAUGAAACCAAAACAGAAACUAAAAACCAAAGAAAAAUAACUAUCCUUCGAGAGGUAUAAAAAGAAGUGUCAGACUUAACCUUGACACUUAUUUGGGCCUUCAUCGAAUUUUUGACACAUCUUAUCACUGGAAGACUUGAGAGUAUUUCUUUUGUAUUUCAGUUGCAACAAACUGAAGAAUCAUUUGAGGAGAAAGGCAUGGGGUUGUUUAAAUCCAAACCUAGCCCUCCAACUCCAGCAUUUAGCAAUGAAUGGAGACGCACACCUUGGGAUCAGAAAGAGGAAAUGCUGCAGAAACUGAAAGACUAUGUGCCUGGAAACCCUCAGGUGAAGACUAUCAGAAUCCUCCUCCAUGGACCAGCUGGAGCGGGCAAGUCCAGCUUCAUCAACUCCAUCAACAAUAUCUUUCAGGACAAAUGUAUGAACAUUGCCUUAGCUGAUAAUUCAUUUGCAGGUGCAAGCUUCACAAAAAAGUAUGAAACCCACAAAAUUGUGAAAGAAAAACCUGGAACCUACUACCCCUUCCUCUUCUAUGAUGUCAUGGGGCUGGAGAAUGGUAUUGACAAAGGAGUUUAUGAUGCGGACAUUGUCAAGGCCCUGAAGGGGCAUGUAAAAGAGGGUUACAUGUUUAAUCCUGCAUCACCUUUAGAAGAGGAGAAUGAGUACUAUGCCAAGGCCCCCACUCCAUCUGACACAGUUCACUGCCUAGUUAGUGCAAUACCAGCUGAUAAACUACCUAUGAUGAAGACCAACAAGAAUGACGAGGCGGAUGAUAUCUUCAAGAAGAUGAGAACCAUCAGACUCGCUGCAAGUUGUAUAGGGAUUCCCCAAAUGGUUAUUCUCACCAAAGUGGAUUUAGCCUGUCCAUUGGUGAGGGAAGACCUGAAAAAGGUCUAUUGGAGCAAGUAUAUAAAGGAGAAGAUGGAGCAGUGUAGUAAUGAACUGGGGGUACCAGUGAACUGCAUCCUGCCUGUGAAGAACUACCACGAGGAAAUCGACUUGGAUGAUGACAUGGAUGUGCUGCUAUUGAGAGCACUGAGGCAGAUGGUAGACUUUGCAGAGGGCUUCAAGCUAUCACAAGCUGACUGAUGGAUGUACAGUACUCGAUCUACAGCGUGUCACUGUAUAAUACCUCCAUCUAAAGAAGCCCUGUUCACACCUGGUAUUUACACCUGACUUCUGUGAUCCAAUCACCAUGAUCAGAUUACUCUCCAACUAUGGUCCAGUGCGUCCACAAAAGGGUUGGCAUCAUUUCUGAUUUCUAACUGAAAAUACAUUUUGAAUUUCAUUCAAAUCUUGAGUUUGAAUUAUAAUUGUCUGUACUGUAUAAUCAACUGCUUCCCAAUCUGCUUAUCUAUGUCCCUCUACUCUGGGAAUGGUCUGUCAAAGUCUGUCAUUGUUGGUAGGACAUUCAUUAAACAAUAGUGUCACGUU